CAUAAUGGAGGAUUAAAGAAAACAGUGUCCCUGGGCUUAAAAUAAAUGGUGUUCUCUAAGUCUUCGGCCCCGGUGGGUGUCAGAUGUGGGGGCGGAGGCUCUGCCGAGCACGGGCCAGUCUAUUGAUCCACUGGGUCCGUUUUCCUUGGUCCGAUGCAAGGUCGGGCUGCUGGUGAUCUGCAUGCGGGGCGCGGGGGCCAGGGAAGCAGCCCCCUCCUGAGCUGCUGCGGGCGGGAUAAGACAGCUCUUUAGACACCCCCACCACGAGGUCACCCCACUCCCUGAAGAAGAGCGGAAAUAAAUACCCGCCAGCCAGCGAGCAAAGUUGCGGUGGGUUUUCCUCUAACUUUUUCUUGUAGUUUUGGAAAGAAAGCCUAUUUCUCUGAAAGCGGCCCCAGCUGCCUUUCAGGUCGCUGGCUAUCGAAAAAGAUCUGCUCCCAUUUUGUUCUGGCAGCAGGGACACUGAGCAAGCGAUGAGAGAUUUACAAGGUAUCCUUUCAAAAAGAAUUACCAGCAGAGAAGAGGCCGCAACGUCUUCUUCACAAUCACACGCAAAAGCAUUAGAAACGUGCAAAGUACAUUUUGUAAAGAUGAGGCAAAAACGAAAUCUGGCCAAGGAAACCUUUUCUCUGUGGCAUAAACCACCAAACUAAUUGCUCAAAGAAAUCUUCUGCUCUUUACAACUUUCUCAGUCUGGAACCCUCUCCUGCGAAUAGCAACUGGAUGAUUGGCUCACAGUAUGAACUCAAGGACAACCCCGGGGUGCACCCUGCCACCUUUGCUGCCCACACGGCUCCGGCCUAUUAUCCCUAUGGCCAGUUCCAGUAUGGGGAUCCCGGGCGGCCCAAGAACGCCACGCGCGAGAGCACCAGCACGCUCAAGGCCUGGCUCAACGAGCACCGCAAGAACCCCUACCCCACCAAGGGCGAGAAGAUCAUGCUGGCCAUCAUCACCAAGAUGACCCUCACGCAGGUCUCCACCUGGUUCGCCAACGCGCGCCGGCGCCUCAAGAAAGAGAACAAGGUGACCUGGGGCGCACGCAGCAAGGACCAAGAGGACGGCGCCCUUUUCGGAAGCGACACGGAGGGCGACCCCGAGAAGGCCGAGGAUGAUGAGGAGAUCGAUCUGGAAAGCAUCGACAUCGACAAGAUCGACGAGCACGAUGGUGACCAGAGCAAUGAGGACGAUGAGGACAAGGCCGAGGCCCCUCGAGCGCCCACAGUGCCCACCGCCCUCGCUCGGGACCAGGGAUCGCCGCUGGCAGCCGCCCCCGGGCCCCCUGCGGGCGCGCCUUUGCAGCACCCUGCCUUUCUGCCCAGCCACGGACUGUACACCUGCCACAUCGGCAAAUUCUCCAACUGGACCAACGGGGCCUUCCUGGCGCAGGGCUCGCUGCUCAACAUGCGCUCCUUUCUGGGCGUCGGCACGCCCCACGCUGCGCCCCACGGCCCCCAUCUGCCAGCGCCGCCGCCACCGCCCGUCGCCGUAGCCUCGGGGAUGCUCCAUGGCGACAAGGCCUCCUCCCGCAGCAGCCCGGCGCUCCCAGAGAGAGACAUUGUCCCCAGGCCGGACUCGCCGCCACAGCAGUUAAAGUCGCCCUUCCAGCCGGUGCGCGACAACUCGCUGGCCCCACAGGAGGGAACGCCUCGGAUCCUAGCAGCCCUCCCGUCCGCCUGAUUCAGGGUCUUCUUUUAGUUUUGCGGGGGGAGGGGGGAGGAGUUUGGGAGGGAGGGGAUGAGGGAGGAAUUAAGACAAAUAUUUCCGACUGGUGUAAAGAACAAACAUGGCAACGACGUCAAAUGACUCCCGUCCAUCGCUUUCUGCAGAAAGGGGCUCGUCCCCGCCGAGCUCGCUGGAGUUCAGACAGCUGGCCUCCGCCUGCGACUGGGCUCUGGUGGCUGUCACCAGGCUCUGGUUGAUUAUCGGUUGGGUAAAUGCCCCCACGUGCUUGUGUCUUUUUUUUUCUUUCUUUCUGUAUAUAGAGUGAUUUCAGAUUGUAAAUAGCGCGUCAGCGAACUUGUCUAAAUCAUAUAUUUUUGUCUAAUAAACUAAAUGAAAUGAA